UUUAUAGAGACCUACAUUGUUUGGGGGUAUAGUUUUCCUUUAAUUAUGUAACUGGGAAACUCUAUGAUCUGAAUACACGGGCCUCCCAAAAAAACAGAUUCUCCAGCUGGUGAAUGAUCAGAGAAGUUGGAUGAUUUUCUCUGUAAUAAAAACAAUAAAUAAAAAUAAAUUGCGUCCGAUUUUAGACACAGCUCCCACAAGCCCAAUAAAUAGUGACUGUCUAUGGCAUGUUACAGCAGCCCCUCUGGCGUUUGCCAGAAUCCACAGAUUGCCAGACCAGGCCUGCCUGCCACCCCUAACAGUUUGCCACCCUUGUUCAAGACCUUAGUGAGUGGAGACUGUCUGUCACCACCUACAGUAUUUCUGGCACCCACACGGGAUUCACUGUGCUUUUUUAAGGGUGACAGGAAAUUUUUGAUGGCUGCAAUUUUAUAUUAAGACAUAAAGAUGAUCAAAACCCUUAAUGUGCCAUAGUUAUAAUAAACAGGCAGAAUAAUUAUCUCCCAUUUUUAUUUUAAACUGAGAACUGUGUGGGAGCAAUUCACAGAAAAUGAAGAAACCAGGAAAGAAGAAGCAAAGCAUGCAUAUAACAUGAUCCUACAUGCCUGUAAGUUUACACGUUACUCCCCUCCUCUUCCUCAAAACUCACACACUUCUCUUCCUAUCACAUCACUGCACUGCUCUGGAGUUGUAACGAAUUUACCAGCUUUAUGUACAAGGGCAAGGAAACAUGAGGACUAAUCAGAUAGUAAAGUAUUCUCUCUUUGUAUCCUGCUAUCUUUUUUGGGUUGCCAGUGGUUUGAUGAUAGCAGUGGGGAUAUAUGCCAAAUUCUGCAAAGAAACCACUAUUGUGGAUUCUCUGACCACAGACCCAGCAGUCAUAGUAACAGCUGUUGGAAUACUAAUGUUUGCCAUAACCUUCGUUGGUUGCAUGGGAGCUUUACGGGAUCUACAUAUAUUGCUCAAAAUUUUUGCCUGGAUGCUCCUCAUAGUGCUGAUCCUACAGUUUGUGGCAGCUGUCCUUGGUUUUAUGUUCUCAGGGAUGGUUCUAGAGAAAGUCUCUUCUGUAAUGACAAGGGCUAUUAAUCGAUAUCGAGAAGAUCUGGACCUCCAAAAUUUUAUUGACUAUUUACAGAAAAAGUUUGAAUGCUGUGGAGUGAAUAAUUACAGAGACUGGUCCCAAAAUCUCUACUUCUACUGUUCGGAGUCGAACCCAAGCCUAGAGAAAUGUGGGGUGCCAUACUCCUGCUGCAUCAAAGAGAACGGGCAGAAAGUUAUAAAUACCAUGUGCGGGUACCAAACUCAGAACCGUAUGCAGUGGGAUGUUGAUGAUAUGAUAUAUGUGGAAGGUUGUCUGGACAAGAUAGUGAGCUGGGGUCGAGGAAAUCUCCUGCUCCUGGGUGGUCUUGCCAUGGGACUUAUCUUCCUAGAGAUUUUUGUGGCCUCUCUGGCUAUUAUUCUAAUUUACCAGAUCAAUUUCAUAAUGGAGAGGAGAAGAAGCACAGCGCCACAAGCAAGCCUUCGGCAGGUUGGGAAUGAGGGGGAGAAUGUGGAGGAAGCCGAUUUCAUACACACAAUUCAAAGUGAAUAUGAAGAACACAAUUAUAUUGGAGUCCAGAGAAGCUGUCAGUAAAGCCUGGGAAUCCUUUCUUCAAAUUGAACUUUUAACUGUGAAAAAACUCAGAGCUGGAAUUGCAGCUUCACAAGUUAUAUAAUAUUGUGGCAAUCGGUUGUAGCUAUCUUGAUUUUCAUAUCUGCCAAAAUGAAUUUUUGUGCCAAUGUGUUUUUUUUUUUUUUUUUUUUACCAAAUACUCAUAUAUUUAUUAUGUUGUCUGUGAAUUAAUAUAAAAGGUGUAGGUGCCGUAUAAUACUGUACCUGUCAGGAUCCUAUUCUGAAAUUAGCACUAGUUUAUAUUCUAAUGUCUAAUCACUGUUAGUAUAUCUACAAAACUGUUUGACAUGUCUUAAAGGGGAAUUACAUAUAUUGUGUUGGAUUUUGGAUUAAAAAAAAAGGUUGCUUUUUGUAAAGGCAGUAUAUCAUAUUUUUGGAAGUAGAAUAUAUUAAUAUUAUAUAAUAUUAAGCAAUAUGUCAAUUCCUUUGUACUAGUUCAACUUUAGACUUUAGGAAUGUUCAUACUACAAGAUAUAUACUCCUAUUAAUUCCCUAACACCAGUGAGCUUAUUACUAUUUUGAACUAACUCUGCCCAGCACCAGUCUCUGGGCAACC